AUGACUAAGGCUCAUGUAAUUCGUGCAUAUAUAUUAGCAUUAUAUAUAAUAAAUAACUUGGUUUCAAUAAUACUAACCAAAUUUACACCAUGGAAAGAUAUUAAGACUAGUACUUCACUUAUCCCAUUUGAAACUCUAUCUCUUGACAUUGCAUCCAAGCUUUAUACAGACACUAAUUCCAUCAAAACAGCCUCUUCUGAUUUUGGUAAGCUUUUUCAAGAAACCCCAUCUGGCGUUUUCUAUCCUUCCUCCGUUUCUGACAUCGCUCGCCUCAUUAAAUCCUCCUACGCUUCUAAUUAUCCGUUUAAGAUCACUGCUAGAGGCCAUGGUCACUCCGUGGGAGGACAGGCAAUGGUGAAAGACGGGGUGGUGGUGGAAAUGAGCUCAUUGAGUAGUGGUGUUAGUGUUUGUUGGAGUGAGAGUUUAGGGUAUUAUUGUGAUGUUGGCGGUGAGGUUCUUUGGAUCGAUGUUUUGAGGACGGCGAUGGAGCAUGGACUAGCACCGGUUUCGUGGACGGAUUACUUGUAUCUUAGCGUUGGCGGUACCCUUUCGAAUGCUGGGAUUAGUGGGCAAUCGUUCCUUCAUGGUCCCCAAAUUAGCAAUGUGCAUGAGAUGGAUGUCAUCACAGGAAAAGGGGAUUUCAUGACAUGCUCCAAAACCGUGAACUCUGAGCUCUUCUAUGGAGUUCUUGGAGGUCUUGGCCAAUUUGGGAUCAUAACUCGAGCAAGAAUUGUUCUUCAUAAGGCACCAACAAGGGUGAAAUGGAUUCGGAUGAUUUACAAAGACUUUGAUGCUUUCACUAAGGAUCAAGAACAUUUGAUCUCGAUUGAUAACAACGGACCUAAUUAUGUUGAAGGUUCGCUUAUUAUGAAGAAGAGUUCUGCAAAUAACUGGAGAUCUUCAUUUUUUUCAGUUCUUGAUGAAUCCAAAGUAAAUUCUUUAGCAUCCAAAUAUGGAGUCGUUUAUAGCUUAGAAGUUGUCAAAUAUUAUAACGAUAUCAGCAUAACAACCGUCAAUGAGGAACUAGAUGAGAUGUUCAAAGGGUUGAGCUUCGAAACUGGAUUUAUUUUCAAGAAAGAUGUAUCAUUUGUGGAUUUUCUGAAUAGAGUGAGAAUUGAAGAGUUGAAGCUUCAAUCCAAAGGACUGUGGGAUGUUCCACAUCCAUGGUUAAAUCUAUUUGUCCCAAAAUCGUGCAUUCAAGAUUUUAAUCAACGUGUGUUCAUCGGUAUUAUUCAAAAAGAAAACAAAAGCUCGGGGCCUUUCCUCGUCUACCCCAUGAACCGGAAAAAGUGGGAUGCUCGGAUGUCUGCUAUCAUAUCAGAGGGCGACGAUGAUGAUGUGUUUUACACCGUAGGUUUAUUGCACUCCGCUAGAAAUGUUGAAGACGGGAAAAUCAUCGAUGAUCAAAAUAAAAGAAUACUAGAGUUAUGUGAUGAAAUUGGCAUUGAAGUCAAGCAAUACCUUCCACAAUAUUACAAAACAAAAGAAGAAUGGAUGAAGCAUUUUGGUGCAAAAUGGAGUUUGUUUGAGGAGAGAAAAGCCAAGUAUGAUCCAAAAAUGAUAUUAUCUCCUGGACAAAGAAUUUUCAAAUUUAUUUAA